CCCGGCAUUCUGUCGCUAUUCCAGAUUUCCCAGUCGGUGUGCAUAAAACAAGCGGGCCGGAUCUCCGACGUGGGGGACACGCCGUACCAUCUAGUCCAGCCUAUCUUGAAAAGGCUCAAUGCAAAACAGCUAGCACUCCUUGAAAAAAACAGCCCCACAGUCACGCCUCAUUCGGACGAGCUCUGGGGAGGCCUCAUUGAGAAGGACUUUCCGGACCGGCCCUACAAUCCGGCCAAACUCCGGCUUUUGCCGUCCGGAGAAAAUGCCCAGAUGCCAAAACGAGCACUAUACCAGCGAUAUUUAAGUGAACGCGAGCAGUUUCUAGCCACGUCCGCGGACCGGCUCCGCAAAAUGACUGAGAAGCUCCGCAAACAGAAAUCCCAAAACUCCAUCACCACCGUGCAAGGCAUUUUGGCAGACCCGACUAUACGACGCCGCGUGCCCCAGCACUCUGCUUCCAGAGGCAGUUAUACGCCAAAACCAAGGCCAAAAACCAUAUUGGGGAAGGCCAUGCGUGACGUGCUGCAGCGGCUGUUGAUGUUU